AUUUUACCGGACGAUUAUGGCAUUUUGAUAAGAAAACAAAACAUUAGGAAAAACAGGCUGAAUAUAAAGUUUUUACGAAUUGUUAAUAGUAAUUAAAUUCAUUAAAAUAGUUGAUGAUAAACGGCAGCCGGGGAAGCGGAUGUUUUCAAAGCGGAAGUCGAUGUUGCGCAUGCGCUUUGGAAUAGAAAAUGGCGGCGCCCGUCGAUCUGGAGCUGAAGAAGGCCUUCUCGGAACUGCAGGUCAAGAUGAUCGACACGCAGCAGAAGGUCAAGCUGGCCGACCUUCAGAUCGAGCAGCUGACGCACGUGCAGAAGCACGCCAACCUCACGCACGCCGAGAUCAACACGCUGAGCGACGACACACGCAUGUACGAGGGCGUCGGACGCAUGUUCAUCCUGCAGUCCAAGGACGACAUCACGCAACAGUUGAAGAUCAAGCAGAAGACGGCCGAGGAGAAAAUCAAAGAACUGGAGCAAAAGAAGCUGUACCUGGAGCGCAGCGUGAAGGAGGCAGAGGACAACAUCCGCGAGAUGCUGCUGUCCAGGAGGGCUCAGUGAUCGAUAAACCGCCGCUCAUUAAAACCGUUUCCGUCAUCGC